UCCUAGCGUCGUUAUUUUUAAACGAUAUACCAUGGAAGUUUGCUGUUUAUAGUUCAAUGCUCAUUAAUCUUUUUGGCGGCAAAAUAUGUUUCAUGAUGUCAGUGUAUAGCUACAUAGCCAUAUCAACUCCUGCAAAAUAUAGAACUUUGCGUUUUGUCUCAUGUGCCAUAGUUGAGCUACUUGCAGUCUUAGUAAUAAACAUCAGCGGAUAUAGCUAUAAACUAUUUGGCUACACAACAUCCUUUGCAAUAGGUGCGUGUUGCCAAAUUGCUGCCUUAAUCUACAUUGUCAUGAUAUUAAAGGAGCCCAAGCUAAGCCAAAUGAUCGACAACAACGAACCUUCAAAGCCAAUAUCUACUGGAAAUAAUAUGUGCAUACAAUUCUUUAAUCUCAAGCUUCUGAAAGAUUUUAUAAAAGUUCCAUUUAUAAGGCGAAAGAAUAACGGUCGCUCUAUAUUACUACUAUUGAUUUUGGCUUACUUCCUCACCUCUCAACAUGGAAAACUAAUAAGUGAUAUAGGAUGGCGUUUUAGUACUAGAUUUCCAUAUUAUUAUGAGAGUAUUAAUUUAUACAAUUUUAUAUUAUCAUCAGCUAUUAUGGGAAUAUAUGUUGGCUACCUACUUUUAAGUAAACUAAUGAAAUUAUCUGAUUCUGUAAUGGGCAUGUUAAUUUCUUCAAUUACUGCCAUGUUUCGCCUGGCACCUGUCUUCUUAGGCAAGGAUUCAAUCAGUUAUGUGACUGUAAUAUUCGAAAAGGCUGGAAUGAUUCAUUAUGUCCCCAUUCAAUCAAUUGCAUCCUCUAUUAGUAAUGACUAUGGAAAAAUGUUCUCACUGUUUGCCAUCUUGCAAUAUUUUGGAAAAACAUUUUUUGUUAGAAUGCUCUUUUAUAUGUCCGGCGAAAAUACUAGAUCCUUCUAUGAGGUAUUCUUAUAUUUAUCAAUCGGACUAAUAUUUAUGGCAUGCUACUUCCUAAUACGUCGUCAAAAUACAAAGUUAGCUAAGAAAGACGGAACAAAUGAACAGCAGGAUUCUAUAAAUAUUUAAUCUACUUAUUUAUAUACAUUCAGGAAAUUAUGGAAUGAAAAAGACGAACUUGUGUGUAUCAUUUCGCCUUUGUGUCAAUAAUAAAAAAGCAAUAUAUUUUUUUAUAAGAUAGGGAAUUUGGGGGUUCAUGAGCUAAAAUAAUGUUGCCCAAAGACAAUUUUCGAAAAAAAUGAAAUGACGGAUGGAACUGCACCCAACGA